AUGCCCUCUGAGUUCCCAGAAGCUGCCUACUGUAUGAAGAAACAGCCCCCAGAUUUCAAACCCAAGGACGCGCUCGCGGAGCUGGGCGGCGAGGCUCAGCUGUACCGCCAGUUCACCACCACCGUGCAGAUCGUCAUCUUCAUAGGCUCGCUCCUCGGAAACUUCAUGGUGUUAUGGUCAACCUGCCGCACAACUGUGUUCAAAUCUGUCACCAACAGGUUCAUUAAAAACCUGGCGUGCUCAGGGAUUUUCGCCAGCUUGGUCUGUGUGCCCUUCGACAUUGUUCUCAGCACCAGUCCUCACUGCUGCUGGUGGAUCUACACCGUGCUCUUCUGCAGAGUCAUCAAGUUCCUGCACAAAGUCUUCUGCUCUGUGACGAUCCUCAGCUUCCCGGCCAUUGCUCUGGACAGGUACUACUCAGUCCUCUAUCCACUAGAGAGAAAAAUAUCUGAUGCCAAGUCCCGGGAACUGGUGAUGUACAUCUGGGCCCAUGCAGUAGUGGCCAGUGUCCCCGUGUUUGCAGUGACCAAUGUGGCUGACAUCUAUGCCAUGUCCACCUGCACGGAAGUCUGGAGUAACUCCCUGGGCCACCUGGUAUACGUCCUGGUCUAUAACAUCACCACAGUCAUCGUGCCUGUGGCUGUGGUGUUUCUCUUCCUGAUCCUGAUCCGCCGGGCCCUGAGUGCCAGCCAGAAGAAGAAGGUCAUCAUUGCGGCACUCCGGACGCCACAGAACACCAUCUCUAUCCCCUAUGCCUCCCAGCGGGAGGCCGAGCUGCAUGCCACCCUGCUCUCGAUGGUAAUGGUCUUCAUCCUGUGUAGCGUGCCCUAUGCCACCCUGGUCAUCUACCAGACUGUGCUCAAUGUCCCUAACACCUCUGUCUUCUUGCUGCUUACUGCCAUCUGGCUGCCCAAGGUGUCUCUGCUGGCAAACCCUGUGCUCUUUCUAACUGUGAACAAAUCCGUUCGCAAGUGCUUGAUAGGGACUCUCUUACAGCUGCACCGUCGGUACAGUCGGCGUAACGUGGUUAGCGCAGGGAGUGCAAUGGCAGAUGCCAGCCUGGAGCCCAGCAUGCGCUCAGGCAGCCAACUCCUAGAGAUGUUCCACAUUGGCCAGCAGCAGAUCUUUAAAUCCACAGAGGAUGAGGAAGCGAAUGAAGCCAAGCUCCUUGACUUACAGGCCAGGGAGGUAGCUACCACCUGUCUGGAGGGAGAGCAAGCGGCACCUCUUGUACCACCCCCGGGCACAGUGGACUCUACGUCCCAGGUAGCACCAGCAGGCUCUGGGGAGCCUAAUGCAUUCCCUGACAAGUAUUCCUUGCAGUUUGGCUUUGGGCCUUUUGAGUUGCCCCCUCAGUGGCUGUCAGAGACCCGGAACAGCAAGAAGAGGCUGCUUCCACCAUUGGGCAAUACCCCAGAAGAACUGAUCCAGACGAAGGUGCCCAAGGGCAGGGUGGAGCGCAAGAUGAGCAGAAACAAUAAAGUGAGCAUUUUUCCAAAGGUGGAUUCCUAGUAAGGAUUGUGAGUUUCUGGAAGCAACAGGGAGCUUCUAUAUUCCUGCCCUCCGUCACUCUGGCCAUAUGAGCUGUGUGAUUUCAUUGCAACCCACUGUGGGGUGUUUCUUCCUAUAUGAAACAGAUGCUUUUGAAUGAAAGAGAAGUUUAUGUAAAAUCAAAUACCCUUACUGUGGGAGUGUCUGUAUUUGUCUCAAUGACCAUGUGCUUAGUUAAAUCCACAUUCUUCUCUGCUGGACACUUGGGAACAGGUCUCAGGGUAGUUGUUCCAUGUGCACUUUCUGCAGGUUCCUCCUUUUCCUGGGGUCAGCAGAGAAGAUAGGUCCAUGAAUUUAAAGGGAGUCAAACAGGGACUGGUCUGUGGCCUGUUGGGAACUAGGGUGCACAGCAGUAGGUAAGCAAAGCUUCAUCUGUAUUUACAGCCAUUCCCCACUGUGGGCAUCACCCCCUGGGUGCUGCCUCCUGGAGUGUGAGCCUGCUGUGAAGUGCAUGACUCCACCUUGGCUGUGCUCUCCUCUUUUAUCGCCUACAUGUCCCAAACCCCACUUCUCCCACUCCUGUGUGUGGAAAAGUUGUCUUCCACCAAACAGGACCCUGGAGCCAAAAAAGUUGGGGACGAAUACUGUAAGGGAAGCACAAGAUUAUUAUGGAGUGCAGUGUCCAAAAAAUAAGAUGCUUACUUGAGUAACAAAUAUGAGAUAGGAGAACCCUUUCUAUUGAGAAGGUAGGGUAAUGGCAUCAGACAGCAUUUCUCUGGAAGCCCCAACCAUUAUGACUUAUAUUCUCCUGCUACCCAUCAUUCCUUUCACUGGAAUGAGUAAGGAUGACCAUUUCACCACUGUGUGGCAGACCUGGUGAUGGAUGUGCCCAGGGCUAAGGGAGACUUGUCCUUCACUAUCUCGAUGUUCUCCUGGCCUCUCCAAAGCCCCAGGAAGAGCAUCUGGACCUCAGUCAUGGUCAGUGUCAGAUGGGAAAUGCAGCAAACGCUUCUCUGUGAUCUGUUCCUUAAAUUAUGUUUUGUUUUUUUUUUUUAAACAAACAAAAAAUUUGGAGGUGGGAAGAAAGUGUGAGAAAUGCUCAUGGCACUGUGUUGUACUCCACCUGAUCUCACAUGAAAGGUGCUAUGUAACAAUCUGUAUGAGUAAAAUAUAUUGGAAAAACCACCUUACACAAAAUUUUGGAAUUGUAAGGUGGCUAGAAAUGCAAAGUUAAUAUGAGCUGGGUCUGUUGAAACAUCAAGCUAAAUUACCUGAUUAGGAAAGGUAAUUCUGUCUAAAAGACUGGCAAGAGUCAGAGCAUGGCCAGCUGCUCUGGUCUUUUUGCAGUGUGUGCUCCAACUUGGGUUCUCAUAGACAGAGAUGGACAGAACAAGAAGAUGGAGUCAUUGUGAAGUGUCAAGGCAACACUCAGCCUGGACGAGCUCUUCACUUCCUUUUCCCAAGGAAGUUUCAGUAGGAACCAGGUUAUGUGGAAGAGGUAGGGCAGUAUCCUCAGCUCAUUGCUCCCAGGGGCAGUGGUCCCAGGGGGUGGCUUCCACGUGGGGUUUGAGUCUGCUCAGGAAUUGAUCUCACCAGGCUGGAUUCAAACCUACCAUUUCAUUCUUAAUGAAGGCAAGUCAAGUGCCAGCCAGUUCUUUUUUUUAAGGCAAUGAUGGUGAACCUUUUAGAGUUUUCAGUGAUAACAGACAGAUGUGGCAUACAUGCUAUAGGUCUGCAGCCAUUGCUCGAGGGUGUUUUGUUCUUCUUAAUGGUACUUGCGGGGCGAGUAUGUCAGUCUCUUGUGCAAGCUUGAAAGGGAAUAGUUGUCCUCAUAGGCAGAUUCCCAUAUGCCAAUCGUAGUAAUCCUAACAUAUUUUCUCCUUCAGCUGUGUUGGCCCUUGUUUCUUGGAGGAAGCUUAGCCCAUAAGUAGGGAGUUUCCUUUUCUUUCUCUUGAGUGUGGUGUCUUGAGACCCCUGAAUAAGAACACGAAGACCCUGCCCUGGAGUGGGAGUGCCUUCCUCUCUGUGUCUGUGCCUCACGGUGUAUUUUGCUCACAGCAGAAACGGGAGCGGCACCUCUCUUGAGGCCCUGCUGCCUCCUGGGCCCUGUGUGUAUGCCACCUGUCACUUCUAGCCCUAGUAGUUCAUGCUGUGGCCCUUCAAGCUUAUCUUUCAAAGCUUUCAUAAUUGUCGCAACUAUUAUCAAGGAGUAAAACAGCCAGAAACUUCUACCCAGCCUGUCAAAUGUAGCCAUUUUGGUGUUGUCCUGACAAUGUAUGUAUGUAUGUAUGUAUGUAUGUAUGUAUGUAUUUAUGUAUAAAUAAAUUCUGAUGAAGCAGAAUUUGGUUGAGUAUAUCUCUUUUGUA